AUGCCUGCUGCCCAUGACGCGCCGACGAGCUACUCCGACCAGUACACUGCGCCUCCCAGGCCCAACGGCCCUUCCCGCUCGCCGAGCACGACCGAGUACUUGCGCGACUUUCCCUCGUUCCCGUCGCACCUGUUCGCCGCGCCGCGCGUCUCGUCCUCGUCCUCGACCUCGCCCUCUCCUCCAACCCCCAUCUCGGCUCGUCGCGCCGUCCAACCCGACGACCGCCGCAGCGCCAAGCCGCACGCCGACCCAGCCUCUCUCUCCGCAAGCGGCUCCACCAUCGACUGGACGCACUGCUACGCCCUCGAGCGAGCGCGCAAGGCGCACCUCGCCGCCCUCCCCGGCCUGCACGGCGUCGUCGCGCGCACGUGGGACGCCGGUCGCCCCUGGGUCGCUGUCGUCCUCGUCGGCGUCCUCACGGGCGCGGUCGCGAGCGGCCUCGACAUCCUCAGUGCGUGGCUGAGCGACCUGAGGACGGGCAAGUGCACCGACAUGUGGUGGAUGAGCAAGGGCUUGUGCUGUGCCGGGCUCGAUCCAGGUGAGCAGUGUCGGGCGUGGAUGACGUGGGGCGAGAUUGCGGCAAAGGAGGGUCACGUCGUCGCGAGGGCGCUCGCACAGUACAGCGUCUACAUGGCGACAGCGGUCCUGUUCGCCCUCACCUCGUCCGCCUUCGUCAACAUCUUUGCGCCGUUCGCCUUCCACACGGGCAUCCCCGAGAUCAAGGUCCUCCUCGGCGGCUACGUCAUGCGCGGAUUCCUGUCGCCCAUGACGCUCCUCAUCAAGUCGCUCGGCCUCCCGCUCGCCGUCGCGAGCGGCCUCAGCCUCGGCAAGGAGGGUCCGCUCGUCCACGUCGCGUGCUGCAUCUGUGACCUCGUUCUGCGGCCUUUCGAGGCCCUACGGACCAACGGCGCACGGCAUCGCGAGAUUCUGUCGGCGGCAGCAGCUGCCGGCGUCUCGGUGGCUUUUGGCGCUCCACUCGGCGGCGUUCUCUUUUCUCUCGAGGAGAUCUCGACCUUCUUCCCCGGCUCGACCUUGUGGCAGUCGUUUGUGUGCGCCAUCGUCGCCGCUGUCACACUCCAGUACAUCGACCCGUUCAACACGGGCAAGCUCGCCCUGUUCCAAGUGACGGCGUCGCAGGUCUGGCGCGGGUUCGAGCUCGUGCCGUGGCUCCUCCUCGGCGUCGCCGGCGGCAUCUGGGGCGCCUGGUUCAUCCACAUCAACGAGGAGUGGGAGCGCAUCCGGCGCACGAGCGGGCUCCAGGACUGGCCCGUCACCGAGGUCGGCGUCCUCGCCCUCUUCACGGCCGUCGUCAGCUACCUCGUCGUCUUCAUGCGGGUCCCGAGCGCCGAGCUCGUCGUCGCGCUCUUCCAGGACUGCAGUGGACCCGACGCUCAUGGCCUGUGCGACUCGUCCAAGACCUCGUCCAUCGUUUUCCUCCUCCUCCUCGCCGCCUUCGCCAAGACCCUCCUCACUGCCGCCACGUUCGGCGCCUCGAUCCCGGCCGGCGUCUUCCUGCCCUCGCUCACGGUCGGUGCCUGCGCCGGUCGCGCCGUCGGUCUCGUCAUGGACGCGCUCCACAAGGCGCACCCGGCGAGCUGGGUCUUUGCCGACUGCCCGGCCGACGGUGGCUGUAUCAACCCGAGCGUGUACGCCGUCAUCGGCGCCGCGAGCGCGCUCGGCGGCGUGACGAGGAUGACGAUCAGCUUGGUCGUCAUCCUGUUCGAGCUCACGGGCGCCAUCGACAUCGUCAUUCAGCUCAUGUUGGCCGUCAUGGUCGCAAAGUUUACGGGCGACUACAUCUCCAAGAACGGCAUCUACGAGACCUGGAUCAACCUGCGCAACUACCCGUUCCUCAACAACAAGCUCGACUAUCGCCGCGACACGGUCCUCGCUCGCCACGUCAUGACGCCCGUCGCCGAGCUUGCCUGCGUGUCGGACGAGGGGUGGGAGGUGGCACGGCUCGAGGCGCUUCUUGACAAGGAGGACUGGCGAGGGUUCCCGGUCCUCAAGUCGAUGCGGUCGAGGGUCAUCUUGGGCUACAUCGGUCGAGCCGAGCUACGGGAGGCGCUCGACCACCUGCGUCACGUCUCGGAGGUCACGCCCGACACGCCGUGCUUCUUCGCCUCUGCCUCUCGCCCCCGACGAGGCACGCAAAUCCCGAUCCCGCACUCGCCCGCACACAGCCCAACGCAGCGCUGCAGCAUGGCCGUCGACCUCGAGCGAGAUCCUCGGCAAGUGGGCAACGGCGGGGGCCUCGGGCAAGAGUUCAACGGCGACGAGUCGGCGGCUACCUCGCUCGGCGCACUCGAGGGAGAAGGGCGAGCGUGGGUCAGCCUGGCGCCCUGGGUCGAUGAGAUCCCCGUCUGCAUGUCCCAGGACACGCCGAUGGAGCUCGUCGUGCAGAUGUUUCAGCGCAUCGGCCUGCGCUUCGUCCUCUUGACCCGGCAGGGCGCGCUCAUGGGCCUCUUGACCAGGAUGGACCUCCACGCGCACAUCUCGAGCGCAGAGAGGGCGCCCGACAAGGGUUACUCUACGCGCGAGGCGGCAUCGGCGAGUUUGAGGAGCGAGAGGGAGGACCCGCCGCGGGCGAGCGAGGCGGCCUUGCUGGACGAUCGAGGGAGCGUCGCGAGUGAGGGUCCCACAUAGCGAGUGCCUCGUUGCAAAUACAGUUGACGUGCCUCGAGG